AUGGCGGACAUAGAACUAAAAGUUGCGUUAGAAAAAGUAUUGCCAUUCUUUCACAUUAAUGAGUUAAAAAAGGAACAAAUGCAGAUAUUAGAGGCAGUCCUCAAGAAAAAGGAUUGCAUAGCCGUACUACCGACCGGCUACAGAAAGUCUCUUCCGUUCCAAAUUGCCAUUUCUGUAAAGAGAUUUUUACAUCGCGAUGAUGCAGACGAAAAAAUCAUUGUGUGUUGUCCCCUCGUCGCAUGGAUGAAGGACCAAGUGACAAGACUUAACUGUCUUCCGGGCAUUAAAGCAAAAUUCAGAGGUGAUGAAGAGGAAGAGGGUUUCAUUUCCAGUGGAGAGUUUGAUUAUUUGUUUGCUUCUCCUGAAAGUUUAGUUGGUGAUAAAUUCUUCAGAACAGUUCUUCAGAAUUUUGAAGUGUCAAAUAUUGUCAUUGAUGAAUUCCAUACAAUCUCAGCUUGGGGAGAUGAUGACAAUGGAAAAGAAGCCUUCCGAAGAUGGUUCCAUCAUGUUGGAGAGCUUGGAUCUUUGUUUCCAUGUGCAUCAAUAGUAGCAUUGAGUGCUACAUGUACAAAGAGGAUUUCUAAAAAAGUAAUGAAAAUUUUGAAUAUAGCCGAGGAUGCAGUUCAAAUAUUUUCUUCACCAGAUAAACAAAAUAUUAAGCUUGUUGUCGUAAAAAUCCCUAAUACUCUUGAGAUUGCUAUGUCAUGGCUUAUAGAUGCUGUUAGUGAAAACAAAUUACCAAGAACACUACUUUACUGCAAUUCUAUUAAAACUGCUUCAAGUUUAUAUAGUUACAUAAUAACUGAAAUUCAAGACUGUAAAUGUGUGGAAAUGUACCAUUCAGAAACUCCUUCAGAAAAGAAAGAAAUCAUUCUUAAAGCUAUUCAGAAUCCUGAUAGUGAUCUACGUCUAGUUAUUGCAACAAGUUCCCUUAGAAUGGGUGUUGAUUGUGCAAAAUUUUACAAUGUCAUUUUGUAUGGACCACCAAAAACUUUUGUCGAGUUAAUUCAGGAAAUUGGAAGAGUGGGUAGAGAUGGACAAACGUCAACUGCAUUAUUGUUAUACAAUUCAUUUAAUCUGUGCAAAGUUGAAAGUGAUGUGAAAAAUAUAAUCAAGAGUGAUAAAUGUAGACGUUUUGCAUUACUUCAGCCAUUUCUAAAUCAACAAGAACUCGAUGAUCUGGGUAAAAAUACAGGAUCAUCUCUGUGUUGUGACAUAUGUGCCAAAGUCAAUCCAGAUCAGUCAUCAUUAUCUAAUAUUGAGAAACUACUGACUAUAAACUUUAAUGAUGAUGAAAAUGUUAACCUUGCAAGUGACAGUUCAGAUGACACAGUUUCAUAUGAUUAUGUUGAAGAUGAAUUUUUUGACCAUUUUUUUCCGUAA